AUGGAACCGCAAGGUUCUGCAUUUGUAACGGCGCAGGCGGAGGGGAAGAGGAGGACACAGUUUGCCCGGCGGUCAUACAUGCCCUCAUGGAUGGCGGGUUCCUCAUGGCUGGAAUCUGUUGAGGUUCCUGAAGAACAUAUGAUGGAGCUGUUCUUGGAGGAGCGAGACGGCUCGAGGCGCUCGACAUCCGCAUCGCAGCCGUCUUUUAUAGUGAGGGCACCGGGGCAAAACACCAACCCGCUGCUUGCAGAAACCGCACGUCACACCGUGUCCUCUUGGACUGGGGACAACCGGAACAUUGACACAGAGUCUGCUCAAGAGAGUUUGAUGUCUCUGUUGGCAGAUGUAGUAAAGGCAGUAACACAACGCACACCCUGGGAUCCAGUGGAAUGUGGGACGGAGGUGCGAAAGGGGAUGCUUGCGGUGCUGAUUAAAAAAUUUCUUGAUCAGUCUCUCAAUCCGGGUGUGGUGGGGCUUUUCGCGAAGGACGUCCUCCGCCGUGUCUCCGACGCUGGCGUUGCGCAAGAGCUGCAGUACCUUUAUGAAGCCUUUACGUCUGACAAGACAUGGAAUGGUAAGGACUCAUACAGGAGAGAAGAGAAUUUUAUCCGUCGUCCGGACUACGAGGCAUUUCAGAAGCACUGCCUCGAGGAAGUGCGUCGACGACUUAACAUGCUGGACACAGAGUUGAGUGGGAAAGAAAUAAAUGAGCGACAUUCCAAAAGAGUUUGGAAUGAUAUUCAUGGAGCGCAGCGUGGGGAAUGCUUUGGUGGGUGCAUCACACUAUCUCUUAUGCGAGUACAACUCCGUGAUACGGAGGAGGAGAAAUGUACUAAAAAUGGGAGUAGGACAAUGAAGGGUUUACCACAACAUUUAAAGGCAAUUUGGAGUCUUCAACAGAAAAGUUGGCGUGUAGCUUCAGAGGUGGUGCCGGGAAAAAGUGCCUUGAAAGAUGGCAUCUACACGUGGCAAUCAGAUAGUCGUGUUACGUUGAUGGUGCCGAGGGGUGCCAGUGAGCACUUCAAAGAUUAUAUCAUUCUUCUCGAGCUCUUCGUGCCCCAGUUAUCCUGCUUUUGCACUGCCCCAAAAGAGAAAAUCGUGGCCUCUGCCACCAUCACUGUCGAUGACGCCCUGUAUGUGAGUGUGGCACAACCAAACUCCCCACUGCGACGCUCUGACACUUGCCCUUUCCCUGAGGCGUCCUACGGAAAAGGCAGUGUUAGAAAUGAGCCCAUAACUACUCCAAAUGUAGGAAUCAAGGGCUAUCACUUCUCUUCCGUCUUGCUUUCACCAGCCACCACCGCCACCAAAAAUGUUCAUCCAUACACUAUCGAAAGUGCAAAGACCCUGUGUAGUAUGUAUUGUCUUAAUAGAGAACACAAUACACGGCCCCCGGCAAUUAAUUUAGAGGGAGAAGGAGGUCAAACUCGACCAAAUAUGGAUGUGGUUGCAACCACCCAAGAUGCAUGGAGUACAGACCAUCACAAUUCAUUCUUACGUCUGGUUGACAUUUUAGGUGACAUUGACGAUAUGGGAGGUGCAAUUAUUAAGGCAUACUGUCGCCGCUACUUGAUUCACGGGGAACUUGAAACUGUUGCUGUCUUAAUCUCCGUUUGCACGCGCUGCAACCUGGCGGACGAAACUUCUUGGGAGCGUUGCACUUGUGCGUUGGCCUCGCUACUUAACCUCCGCGGCACGGCAAUGACGCACGUGACAAAGCGUCUAGUAAAGGAGGCUCUUGAGGCAACCCAGUCUUGUAUAUUUGACAUUAUUUUGUCGUUAGAAGACGUCCGCUCGACUUCAUUAACAUCUUUUUUGCCGUUGAACCCACGGGAGUUGGAAAAAGUGCUGGAGGAGAUGAAGAAGCUUUUGCUUCUCUUUGAUCAGAAUAUGAACGUUAACGAUGCCAUUUUGCAGGAAGCGCAACGAGAGGUCAGGCCUCUGAUGGAGGCCUUAGAACGGUUAGAUGGUCGUGUGCUGCGCGAGCAUCGCCGUGAAGUGGUACGGGAAACCAUAACGGAUCUCUCUCUGCCGGAGCUUGAGCGCCAAAAAGAUGGAGCACGACUAAGGGGUAAAUCACAUUACUUGCUUGAGUUGAUGACACAGGUAACUGAACGAAGCAAGCGAGCUUUUUCCUUUGCAAAGAUGUCUGGGUCUCCCUCCAUCAUGGCCAUUGCCAUUUGCCGUCUCAAAAGCCUCACAGAAGCCAUCUGUGUCCCACUCCGAAAUGUUGUGACACGUAUCUUGGCCUGUCUUGUUCGCACACCCGAGCCAGACCCGCUUGGUGAGACGCUUGGACUUCUUGUCUCCACAUACGGCUCAGUGAUGAGUCUUGUGGAUAUCCUCGACAAUGAGCCUGGAACAGCUUCCAUAUGUCGUGACUUGGCUGGUUGCUUUACCGAUUUUAUCUCGUUCUGGUUUCCCCUGUGUGAGGGACACAUCUCCACGUGGAUGACAAGUAUUGUGACGAGUGAGACACUUAAGCCGCUUGUGCCAAAUGCAGUGCAUUUCAACCACUCCCCUGGGCUUCUUCAAGAUCUACUUCAGGCUCUACUCGCUGUUUUUGUGCGUAUGCUCGCUUGGACAGAUCCUUGCCAACAUGAAAUGUACGCAAUACAUUUUUUUACGCUUCUACAAGCAAUGGGAGAAGCGUUUGUUGACGCUAUGGUUGCACGCGGUCGCACCACGCCCAAGUUGGAUGAGUGGCUGGUUUGUCUAAGCAAUUUGCAGCGCUACCAGAGGAUGUUGCAGGAGUUUGGAGAAAGAGACGUCAUGCAACAACUCAUUCCUCUACUGGGUGAUCCGGAGCGCGUAAUCGAGCAUCAGCGAAGGGUGAUUGCUGAGCAAACACGCGCGUCAACUAUGGAAACUGGGGAGGAAUUUGAGCGGCACAUUAUACAUACCUUGGAACGGUCUGUGUUGAGUUUUCUGUCCGAUCUCAUUGGCGCUGAGAUGCUGGGAAAGUUUCCCGUGCCCCCUUCAGUCAUGAAGCAAGCUGCGGAUUGCCUUGAGAGCUACCUCGGGCAGCAGCUUAGUACAGCCAAAAAUAACCUUGACGAGGGGCUGUUCACCAAAUUCAUUAACGAAAUAGCUGCGCGAGCGUAUUAUGGGGCCUUUCACUCCCUCUUGUUGCGGGAGGGUAAGAGGCAACUUUCGGAGAGUCAAGUGGCGCUUUUGCUUAAUCUCUUGCAAACCCUUUACGAAGUGAUGGAGUCGGUGGGAGGUGACAGGCUGCAGGGGGAGUCCCUCGACUUGUGGCAACGCAAUGGGCGUAUACUGACUGCCCUUUUGGGGCAGUCAAGUAAGGUACUCGCCCAUAUGGUGAAGAUGGGGGAGUUGGAUAGAGUGGAACGUGUGCAGGUAGAACUUCUUUUGCGCUCUCGCCGAGACAGUGGUGCCAAGCAGUAUCUUGUGAUCUCUUGCGAUAAAUAA